AUGGCAGAUUACCAGAGAAAGAGCCAACGCUAUAGACAUCUAACUGAAAUGGUGAAGCAAUUGGAUCGUAUUACUAUCUACAAUGACAAGCACUUGUGGUUAGCAUUCAAAUUUCUUCACAAAAAUGGACAUGAGGCUAGGAUCGAGGUUGCCUCAGAGGUGGAGACAAGGCAUGCUAACCAUCUGCGGGCUCUUUCAGCUGGAUUUUUCAGGAAGGAUCUUCCUCAUGUUCCAAAUCCAGACCCAGAGCAUCGUUUCAGUGACACCUACCUCACUCUCAACGUAGCUGACAUUAACUGGUAA